CAACACCAUCCGUGUCCUUGCGGUAAGCUCCCCUCUCUUUGCUUUGCUUUACUUUGCUCUCUUUUCUCUUGAGCUCUGCGCAGCUGAAUUGGCUUUUACCCCGCCACGGCUGCCCCGCCAUUUUACCAUGAGAGAUGAGACACGAGACGCGCAACAAUGUGAUGAGGACAGUAUUCUCAAGAGAACUCUGUUACCUGGUCUCAUGGCAGUUGCACUUGUAUUUGCUGUGUUCCAUUGAGCCCAGCAGCCUCUCAAUGCCCUCACUAUGAACCUCCAGGACAACAUGAGUACUAACGAGCUGUCAACAGGCCGAUGCGACCGCUCACAGCAACUCGGGACACCCUGGUGCUCCCAUGGGAAUGGCCCCAGUUGCUCACGUCCUGUUCAACAAGUUCCUCAACUUCAACCCCAAGAACCCCGACUGGUUGAACCGUGACCGCUUCGUCCUCUCCAACGGACACGGCUGCAUGCUUCAGUAUGCUCUCCUCCACCUUUUCGGCUACGAUCUCAGCAUCGAUGACUUGAAGGCUUUCCGAUCCGUUGACAGCCGCACCCCCGGUCACCCCGAGGCUCACGACACUCCCGGUGUUGAGGUCACCACUGGUCCUCUCGGUCAGGGUAUCUCCAACGCUGUUGGUCUGGCCAUUGCCCAGGCUCACACGGGAGCCGUCUUCAACAAGGACGGUUUCCCUCUUGUCAACAACUACACUUACACUUUCCUCGGCGAUGGCUGCUUGAUGGAGGGUGUCUCCAGCGAGGCCUCCUCUUUGGCUGGUCACCUCCAACUCGGCAACCUCAUUGCCAUCUGGGACGACAACAAGAUCACCAUUGACGGUGACACCGCUGUGGCCUUUACUGAGGAUGUCCCUAAGCGAUACGAGGCCUACGGCUGGCACGUCGUCAAGGUCGACGACGGUGACCACGAUCUUGCCGGCAUCGAGGCUGCCAUCAAGGAGGCUCAAUCUGUCACUGACAAGCCUACCCUUAUUCAGCUCCGAACCACCAUUGGUUUCGGUUCCAAGAACCAGGGCACCCACGGUGUCCACGGCUCUCCCCUCAAGGCCGACGAUAUCAAGCAGCUCAAGGAGAAGUGGGGCUUCAACCCCGACGAGAGCUUCGCUGUUCCCCAGGAGGUCUAUGACUUCUACGGCAAGCGAUCUUCUGAGGGUGCCGCUCGCGAGCAGGAGUGGAAUCAGCUCUUUGCCAAGUACAAGGAGCAGUACCCCAAGGAGCACGCCGACCUCGUCCGCCGCAUGUCUGGCGAGCUUCCCGAGGGCUGGGAGAAGAGUCUCCCCGUCUACACCCCCUCCGACCCCGCCAUUGCCUCGCGAAAGCUCUCCGAGACCGUCCUCAGCAAGGUCGAGAGCGUCAUUCCCGAGCUCUUCGGUGGUUCCGCCGAUUUGACUGGCUCUAACCUGACCCGAUGGAAGGAGGCUGUCGACUUCCAGCCCAAGUCCACUGGCCUCGGUGACUAUUCUGGCCGAUAUGUCCGCUACGGUGUUCGUGAGCACGGCAUGGGUGCCAUCCUCAAUGGUCUCGCUGCGUACGGCACCAUCCUGCCCUACUCCGGUACCUUCUUGAACUUUGUCUCAUACGCUGCCGGUUCCGUCCGUCUAUCCGCUCUCUCUCGUGUUCGCACCAUCUGGGUUGCCACCCACGACUCUAUUGGUCUUGGUGAGGAUGGUCCUACUCACCAGCCUAUUGAGACUCUUGCCCACUUCCGCGCUCUCCCCAACUGCCUUGUCUGGCGACCUGCCGACGGUAACGAGACCAGCGGUGCUUACUACGUCUGCUUGACCGCCAAGCACUCCCCAAGCAUCAUUGCUCUGUCUCGUCAGAACCUUCCUCAACUCGAGGGCUCUACUAUCGAGAAGGCCUCCAAGGGUGGUUAUGUCCUGCGUGAAGUCGAGGGUGCCGACAUCACCCUGGUUGCCACCGGUUCCGAGGUUUCCAUUGCUGUCGAUGCUGCCAAGUAUCUCCAGGAUAACAAAGGCAUCAAGGCCCGUAUCGUCUCCAUGCCCUGCUUCGAGGCUUUCGACCUGCAGGACAAGGAGUACCGCCUGUCCGUCCUUCCCGACGGUAUCCCUUCUCUGUCCAUUGAGGUCAUGAGCACCAUGGGCUGGGAGCGUUACACUCACGAGCAGUUCGGUAUCAACCGAUUCGGUGCUUCUGGUGCCUACAAGGAUGUCUACAAGAAGUUCGAGUUCACCCCUGAGGGCAUUGCUAAGCGCGCCGUCGCCACCAUCGACUUCUGGAAGGAUGUCCCCAACAUCCGAUCUCCCAUCAACCGUGCCUUCCAGCAGAUCAUCUAGAUCAAAGAUAAUAACGAGUAAAAAGAAACGAAGGAUAAGAAUAAAAACACCGGGAGGAUACCAGCCCGGACAGAAUGAUUAUACAAGUGACGACGAUGGACUUUGGAGCAAGGUUUUGUGGAUUUAUAGCAACUUAGACGUACUACAAGAUCAAAUUAAAUCUUUUAGAACAAAG